AUGAUAAAGCAGUAUCUCGAAGCCACUGCUGAUAGUUCUCAGAACUCAUCUGAUAAUUUUAACUAUUCAGCACCAUUGGAACCUUUUCAGUAUAAAUCGACUCAACCACUAAAAUCUGAGCAAUCAUCAACAGAAUCAACUCCAAAGCCAACUUCAAUGCAGAAUGAAAUAGUUCAACAACAAUACGAUUUCGAUAAUUUACGUGAGGAACUCGUUAAAGCAGAAGAACGUGUUGUACAACUUCGAUUAGAGCUGAAACAAAUACAAUCUAAAAAAUGGUCGGAUAGUGAUCAUCGAUCUUCUUCCACGAGAACGUCGUCAUUAUCCAAUCAUGAGCAGGAACAACAACAGAGUACGGCCUUAUCCGAUUCUCCAAUCAGUUUGUAUCGUUUUUCGCAGCCACCUUCUACUUCAUCAUUACCAGUUCAUAUUUCAUAUCAUAUUGUUCCUUGUUCAUUUCGUCCUUCACAACCACUACCAGAUAUUUUGAAAAAUAAUAUUUUACCAUUAGAAGGAUGUUCAUUGUGUGCUGUUGGACAUCAAAAGCAUUUCAUACACCAACUGUUACUGCCACAACAACAAGAUCACCAUCAUCAACAUGUUAAUCUGUCUUCUAUAAGAACUGUUCCGUCGUCUGUAACUGACGCGGCUAGCACGCCUUUGAUCGGACAAGGUGAGUUAUAUCAACAACCAUCUCCAGUUGUGCCAUUAUAUCAACAUCGUGAACAAUUAGAAAGACAUUUAGAAUGGUUGAAACAAGCUUUAAAUGAAUUGGAAACAACAGAAUAUGGAAAUCAUGAUAUAAAAGUAAAGGCACCGGGAUUGUACAUUAUUCGAGAAAAGAGUAAACAAUUACGUGCGUUGAAAGCAACUCAUCGGGAACAACAAGCUCCAUUUAUUGAAUGUCGCAUUAGACAAUUAGAAAAUGAACUCAUACAAGCAUUGAGUGAUCAUUCAAAAGAUGUUUCAUUCAAGCUAGAAAUGAAUGAACGGCGAAGUGCUAUAUUGAUGAAAAUUAUGCAAAUAACUGAUCAAUUGACGAUAGUUUAUCAACAAAUACGACAUCAACGUUUAUCAACAUCCUUUUCAUCUAUCGUUUUAUCUCGUUCAACAUCAACAAAUUCAACAUCAUCUCAGAGAACAAAAUCAUCAUUAUCACAUAGUAUUAGUCAACAAGACUAUAAAUCAACAAAUAAAUUCAAUGGGAGUCGUUCAAGAUCAACAACAGGAACAAAAUCGAAAACAAAAUUUCGUUCUUAUACACCAAAUAAGUUAUCUAGUAUCGAUAAACAAGCAACAACAAUUGAAUUAGCUAAACUUGAACCAAUAUUAAAUACAGAUACUGAUUCAUUAAAGAUUGGUGAUCGUGUCUAUGUUAAUGGUGAAUGGCCAGGUGUUAUCGUUUAUAUUGGUGAAACAUUAUUUGCCGAGGGUGAAUGGUGUGCAGUUGUACUGGAUGAUGAAACAAAUGGAUGUAAUGAUGGAAGAGUAGGAGGAAAAAGAUAUUUUCAAACAAAUCCAAAUAGAGGAAUCUUCUGUAGACUAACUAAAGUUACUCGUACACCUGUAUGUUAUACGAAGACGUUGUUCGAUACCUAA